CUUGUAUCAACGCAAUGUCAUUUUUUGGAUGAAGUUUAAUAUCGUUAACCCUAAAUCCUGAAUACCGUCUGUACGUGGCACAUCAACUUCGUCAUUUGAAGGAAGGAAGUAAGACUUGGAUGCGCAAAGAAAUAGGACGACUAGAAUUUCGCCAAAAGCAGAUAAAGAAACGUCAAUUGGAAAAAAUUUGCAAUACAAUUUGUUUGAACCAACCAACGCUGAUCAAUUUGGCAAGAAAUCCAAUCAAACCAGUAGCAAAAGUAAAAGUACCAGCAAAGUUCAUAAUGAAAUUUAUCCAGACGCUGAUGGUAUCAAAGUGGAAUUCAAGCUCACCGAUGAAAUCCUCAAAAAAUUCGGUAAAAUGGCAGUAGCCAAAAAUAAUGAUGAUUCAGAUGAAUACGAACAAUUGGUGGUGUCAAUGAACAAAAAACUAGUUGUAACCGAGAAAAAUUCAGUGAAAAAACCGGGAGCAUCGAAAUCAAAGAAGGAACUUAAACCGAAAAAGCAACCCAAAAAAUCAGCUAGUCGCAAACAAUCUAAGUUAAGCUUAGAAAAGAAAAAGAAGGGCAGUGACAGUGACGACGAAUCAUUCGAUGAAGAUGAUUUCGAUAAUAGCAGCAUAGCUUCACCACCAAAACGCGAACGCUUGGGUCGUCGUACUACAACAAAACAUAUUGAUUAUAAGAUUGGCAAUGGAAGCAGCAGUGAAAGUUGUUCAAGAUGUCUUCCCAAGAGCUAA